UAUGCACGAUUUACGACAACGCAUCGUCAACGAGUACCACCGUCAAAUCAUUCAACAAAUACUCCAGAAUGCGCGCGACGACGUUUCGAGCAAAAUCUUGAUUAUUCUAUGGAAACUGGUGAUGGUGGUCAUUUCCAACGUUUACUAUGUUGACACAAACAUGUAUCUAGAAUCGAGCGACAUUGGUGAGGAGACGAGCAGGAACACGUCGAUGGCACCACCUGGCAACAUGCCAGGCCCCACCGACGGCAAGGACGUGUUCUGGAUCCUCGUAGACUGCUUUCUGUUCGUCGCGAUCGUCCUGGGGAACGUGCUGACGAUAGUGGCGAUCGCGAUGACCCGCCGGCUCCGGAACGUCGUCUCGAAUUACUUCGUGCUCAACUUGGCGGUAUCGGACCUGCUGGUGGGCGUAUCGCUGCCGUAUCACUUAGCCUUCUACAUGGACGACCAGCUCAGUCACGAGAAGUUGAUAUGCGUCCUGCGAUUCGUGCUGAUCAGCGUCGCCUGCGGCGGCAGCAUCAUGAACAUCAUGGUGAUCGCCAUCGACCGAUACGUCGCGAUCGUCCACCCGCUCAGCUACAACGCAUACGCGACGACGAAGCGCAUGCUGCUGAUCGUAGCCGGCACGUGGAUCUGCACCGUCGGCAUGUCGUCGAUCCCGAUCUACUGGAAUCGCUUCGACGAAUCCUCCACGUGUGAAUUCGAGACCGUCCUGCCGAGGGACUACAUAGUGGCGAUACAGAUGCCAUUGUUUCUCCUAACCUGGGUGACGAUGUUUCUGUUGUACACGAAAAUCUGGAAGGAGGCGAAGAUGUGCGCACGCCGAAUGAACCUCAGUAUCGUCUCGAGCUUCACGGAGAAAAACGAUCGCAAAAGCGUACAGGUGGUGUUAAUGAUACUGGGCUGUUUUUCGAUCUGCUGGCUGCCUUACUUCAUCGUGGCGUGCAUGCGGAGCUUCGACUGGAUGCGAGACUCCACUGAUAUUUGGUACAAAGUCACGUUCGCGUUGGCUCUCGCUAACAGCGGGAUGAAUCCUCUGAUAUACGCGUGGAAGAACACCAGCUUCCGCCGGGCGUUCCAGAGGAUCUUGCGGCUGAAGUCGCCCAACAACAAACUCAACUCAAGCCUGAAGGUGUUCCUCGAGCAGCAGCGCAACGAGAUCAGGAGUAAACAGAAAGACGCGGACAGCGAGCACCGUGUGAGCGGGAACAGCGGCGGAUAUCCGGCCAACGAGGAACAGCAACCUGCGGAGGAGGCUAGAGUGGAGGAAAACACGACUCUGUAAAUGAGAUCGCGCGUCGACCGAGAACUUAUCCGCGAGGAUGAUCGAUUAUUUCCACUCGGUGUUAUUUCUCGGAGCGACGCCUCGCCCUCGAAAUGAGCGAAAUGCGGCGAUGUUAGCGCCUUCGAGGGAAACGAAGUGAAGAUACUCCCAUUCGAAGUUACACGAGUGAAUGUUUCACGAUUCGAGCAGAUUCCGACCUAGUGAAUAUCCCGUUCUACGACGAUGGGGGAGCACACCCGGUUUCCGGACACUUCUCUGUGAUGCAAACUCGACGGACGAGAGGGAGAGAAUGGGCAUUUUCGACAAAUAGACUCUCUCAUUCGAAAAGGGCCGAAACUAUUUGGAAACUGAGUGUGUGUCGGAUUCGCUCUUCAAUUUCGAGUGAAAAUGUUCAUUCGACGAGUCGGACGAUUCACCCGGUGUAAGUGAAGAAUCACUCGAGUGGUCGCUCUGUAUUUCGGAUGAAAUUUCACCCCAAAAUGCUUACGACGAUGAAAGCAGUAGAAACGACUGCGUCAAGUUUUCGAUAUAUUUCGUGGUUCAUUUAGGAAACCUGCCCAACAGCUCAUUCGGUAUUUCUUUUUUUAUGUAUGCAAUUGUGUAUACAGACAAAUCCUCGAUUUGUUUAUGUGGACAGGGAAAACAAUAUCGUCGUCACACAUAUGUGAUGCUAAUGGUGUUAGCGCACUGACUGCCAAAGGUGACAUUAGAGAAUUUCAUGUGUUGCACGUGUGUUCUUGACGCCAUACUAAUUGAAACCAGCGUGUUAUUUCAACACUUUGACGGCCGUCGACUUCGUUAUGUCAGCGAUCAUCAUCUUGUGAAGAAUAUUUCUCGAUAACAAAUCUAUAAUCGUAAUAUUUUACGGCUAUAUAAAGGUAGAUUUACUGAUUUAUGUAAAAAGAGAGUUUUUUUGUCAUUAUCGUUAAAAUUAUUGUAGCAACUAAAAUUUACGUAAAUGGAGAAAUUUACUGAUUUCUGUAAAAAGAGAGUGUUCCCCUCUUUUUAGGCGAUUUAAGCAAGCUCUUGGAAUCUGC